UUCUUCUUACUGUUCUCUAAUCCAAUUCUAAUUCUUCAUAAACCCUAACUUUACCAAAAUCCCUUUUUUUUUUAAUCUUAAAAACAUCUGAUUUCUUGAAAAUGUUGGAGGAAUUCGAUGAAUCUGAGAUUAUUUUCUCUGAUAGUUACUAUCCAGUUCGCCGGCGGGAAGACGGGAACGAGAAAGAGAAUCGUCCGGUGGGUUUCCGGGAAAACUCUGAGAGAUUGAGGAACAAGUCAUCGAAACGGACUAAAACGACGUCGUUGCCUACAGCGGGGACGGCGUUUUCGAGUUCGCUUCCGGUGAAUAUACCGAUGCGGAGGUAUUCAACGGAGGAGGAGUAUUCCGAUGACGACGGAGGAAGGAGAAUGAUUCCGCCGCAUUUGAUAGUUGGACGGAGGAUUGAAGGAGGUCAAAUGGCGUUUUCCGUUUGUACAGGUAACGGAAGAACUCUUAAAGGACGAGAUCUGAGCCGGGUUCGUAAUUCGGUUCUCAGGUUAACCGGUUUUUUGGAAGCUUGAAUUUGGAUUGGACCGGACUUUUAUUAAUUUUUUUGUUUGUUUUUAGUGGAAGAAGUAAUCAGCGGUUCUCGUAAUUGUUUUUUAGUUUGAUUUUUAAUUGAAUGUCAAAGGAAAAUGUCAAAAAAAAAAAGAACAUUUAUUUCCUUGUUUAUUCUUGAUUUUGAUUCUCUUAAUUGUAAUAGAAAAAAGAAGAAAAUAAUAUCAAGUUUUACUUUUGAUC